AUGUCCACCUUCGAUUCAGUUGUCGUCAUUGACGGCAAGGGACACCUUCUUGGUCGCCUCGCCAGCGUUGUCGCCAAGCAGUUGCUCAGUGGCCAGCGGAUAGUCGUCGUGAGAUGCGAAGCCCUUAACAUCUCCGGCGAGUUCUUCCGCGCGAAGUUGAAGUACCAUGCUUACCUUCGCAAGAUGACUCGUUUCAACCCCACUCGCGGAGGUCCCUUCCACUUCCGUGCUCCCUCUCGCAUUUUCUACAAGGCCGUCCGCGGAAUGAUCCCCCACAAGACCGCCCGUGGUGCUGCUGCGAUGGAAAGGCUGAAGGUUUUCGAGGGUGUUCCUCCCCCGUACGACAAGAAGAAGCGUGUGGUUGUCCCCCAGGCCCUGCGUAUUCUCAGACUCCGUCCCGGCCGCAAGUACUGCACUGUCGGUAGACUCAGCCACGAGGUCGGCUGGAAAUACCAGGACGUUGUUGCCAGACUUGAGGAGCGGAGAAAGGUUAAGAGUGCUGCAUACUACGAGCGCAAGAAGGCUGCCCGACGCCAGCUUGCCCAGGCCCAGAAGACGGCGGGCGUUGCUUCCGAGACCAAGACCCAGCUGGCUCAAUACGGAUAUUAG